AUGGGUAAACAUAAACGGGUUAAAAGGACGAAUCGUGCGGACCCGUUAGCUCGGAAAACUGCCCAAGAUGAGAAGAUCGUAAACGAGAAAAUCCUGCCGCUGUUGAAUCAACUGAAGUCGCCCAAGCCUGCGGAACGGGCGGUUGCAAUUGGUGCUAUGAACGCUAUGGCGGACGAUCCAAAACUGCGAAGAAUGCUAAUGAAGGAGAAGGCUGUGCAGACUAUCUUGGCACAUACAUUGACUGAUUCUUCGCAGGAAAUCACCUCCGAAAGUUACGGGUUCCUUCGUAACGUUGUUCUUGAAGAGGGUCGCGAUGCGGCGAUGUUUCUGUUUCGGCAAAACAUUUUGGCUAGCUGGGUAGCUGCUGCACAAAAAUUAACGGCUGCCUGGGAUGUUUCGAUGGAGACGUUGACUGGUCAAGACCGAGCAACGGUUCUUGAAUUCGCAGAAAAUUUGUUAAGCCUGUUGUCGGGGCUUGCCAUGGCUGACGAUCUCAUUUACGAUUCAAUUAUAUCUAACGCCGCAAACGAUGCUUUGAUGCUUGCCUCAAAAGUUUUAAAUACCGGUGCAAAGUCGUCUAGCGAUGCCGCGAUGGAGUUCCUGUACGUUCUUACUGAAGACAACCCGGAAGUUUCGGUUAAAUUGCGCGAAUUACCUUUGCGACAAGGUACAAUCUCUUCCAAAGUAUACUAUAUUGGAAUUCAGUACAAUCAAGCUGAAAUUACCCAGACUUCAUUAUUGGAUCUAUUGAAAGAACUUGUCCAGGUUCUCCAGUCUGUCGAUGCUUCUUCUUUGCAAAAUGUUGAACUGGGCAACAUCUCAGACCCACAGGAGCUGAAAGAAACUACUAUCAAAAUGGCUGCAGUCAGGUCCGAGAUCAACGCAAUCCAGGUUUGUUUCGAGCUCUUUGGUGCAAUCACCGAGUCCCUGGUGGGCGGUGACGAGCUCGGCGCUCUACAAUACGCUCGAGACACGGUAAUUCCCAUAUGUUUGGAAGUCAUUGACAGAACCGAGUUCACCUAUCGCGUCGCAAGUGCUCUAAAUAAUAUAGGCUGGACGCUGUAUGCAGCAUCUUCGGAAUCCGACAGCCCAGAAACAGAUUGGCGGGCUGCUGCCGAGCAAAUCUGGAACAAAGUGGUCCAUCUGGUAGGCAAUGAAGAUGUUGACAUUGCUAGUGCAGCAGUUGGUGCUAUGGGUGCAAUGGCCCAAGAAUAUGGCGAUAGCAUAAACAUCGAGUCAGAUGUCGUUCAGCUUAUAUUCAGCCGUUGUGCCGCUCUCAAAACUGCAGACACUAAAGAUGAGUAUCUUCAGUAUGUGCAGCCGGCCAUUGUCUUCUUGGCCGUUGUUUCGGUGCGCACACAAAACCUUGAACUGAUUGGCGCUUUGACGGACCUGUUAUUGGAGAUCAUCAUGGCAGGUAAUGAGGUGCAACCUUCUCUGUUGAUGGAGGCUCUGGAUGCACUAAUUGAUUUAUUCGCUGACAACGAGGCCCCUGCUCAGGGCAUAUACGUCGAGAAGAGCGUUCAACAGCAACUGAAACAAAGUUUACCGGCAGUCAAGCGUAGUCUCAAAGCUAUUAACAAGUCUACUGCCCGCGGCUUGUGGGAGCAAGGCAAUGAGGCUUUAAUGAACAUAUCGAACUUUUUAGAGUACAAAAGCGAAGCUCUACAGUAG